AUGGAAUUCAUGAAAACCAUUGAAUACAAUUUAAAAAAAUUGCAAAGUUCUGUUCACAAUAGCGUUAGGAAUCACUCAUUGACUAUCAUUAACAAUUUACUCUCAUUUAAAACCAAGAAUACGUUGAUUUAUGAUAGGUUGAAUCGUUUAAUGAAUCACACGAGACAUUUCAUCAAGGAGAACAAUAACAUUAUUUUUACGAAAGCGGAUAAGGGUAACAUCACGGUGGCAUUAGAAAAAACCUCUUACAUCGAAAAAAUUAGAUCCAUACUUUCGGACGAGGAGACUUAUUUAAAAAUUACAAAAAAUCCUAGUAGUAAGAUUAAUAAUGGCUUGAGGACGCUACUUACAAGAUGGAAAAAAUCUAAAUUUAUAUCAGAUCUAACAUACAAGAAACUUUAUUGUAGUGAUGGCAAUCUGCCCAGAGCAUACGGAUCUCCGAAGGUUCACAAGCCUGAUUGUCCUUUCAGAAUUAUAGUGUCUGCGGUUGACAGUACGUUGUAUGAUUUGGCUGCGUUUUUACAUCGUUUGAUCGUCGAGAGUGUGCCAGAGGCUCCGAGUCAUGUCAAUAAUAGCUAUGAUUUGAUUGAAAAACUGAAAAGCAUUAAAAUCAAAUCAGGAUACAGCUUAGUAUCGUUGGAUGUGGUAUCGUUAUUCACGAAUGUUCCCAUAGACCUAGUCAUGGAGGCUCUGUCUAAUAGAUGGAGGUAUAUAGAGAAGAAAUGCAAAAUAACAAAAGAAGAAUUUUUAAAAGCGGUACAUCUGAUUUUGGACUCUACGUAUUUCACUUUCGACGAUCAAACUUAUAAGCAAACCUUUGGUACUCCAAUGGGAUCGCCAUUAUCUCCCAUUAUAGCCGACUUAGUCAUGCAGGAUUUAGAGAGUCGUGUGCUGAGCACCAUUAAGUUUCCGUUGCUUUUCUACUAUAGGUACGUGGAUGAUAUAGUACUUUGCGUACCCACGUCUGAGGUGGAGGACAUUUUAAAUAGAUUUAACUCAUUUCAUCCGAGGCUUCAAUUCACAAUAGAGGUGGGGGGAUCUCAGCACCCGAUCUCACAGAAGAAAGGCACAAUUUUUAGUUUGAUUGACUGA